AUGGCUGGCUCUGGCAGCGACUCAUCAUUGGAGCUGGCUCUGCAGCGCAUGACCCAAGCGCUGAAGCUGGCCAAGCAGAGGGAAGAAGAGUUUGCGGCGUCUCGCAACGCUCGCUCUGCCGCUGAGACAGAUCUUCGGAGGGAUUGUGACGAUUGCAGGCGACCUUGUGCCUGUGCUGCUUCCUCAGUCACUGCUGCACCUCCGAUCUUGGCAGGCAGAAGGCUGCAAAGCUGUGGGCAGAGUCGCAGCGGCUCCAGAAGAUGCUCCAGGUCGCAGCACGCGCAGCACGCAUCCCUUCAAGCCUUGAAGUUCUUUGAAAUUCGCAGCAGGAAGGUGGCCAGAAAUGUGACGAUCCCGGACCCCCGUGAGAUAGGAUUCUUACAGAGGUUUUUUGGCAGUGCUGUCAAAACAGGCUCGUCUCAAGCUUGUUUUCAACCCAAAGCUGGUGAAGGAGUAGGCUGUGAGCAAAGUCCCGCCUAUGUUCCUGCUGUUUGCAACUUGUACAUAGCGGUGAGAGUGCCAUGCCAAACCAACAUCAUAUCAUAUCGGAAAUUCCUCAGAGUUCCAUUGAAGUCAAAAGAUCGUUCCAUUGACAACUAA